UUGAGUUUCCAACUCUGGUUUGUGCUCUUCUAAAUAAUUCCUAAAUACACCGUGCUCUUGGAUGAGAGCACUGAGCUGUGAUCUGUGCUGUGCGCCUGUGGUUCUGGAAUCCUUUCCUUCUUCUAGAGACACUGCGCUACUAUAACUCUGCAUUGGUUCUGUAUCAGUAAUCUCUCCUGUGGCAGCUCAUCCUCCCGGGCUCUAGAAAAGGCUGGGUGGUUUUCCUCACUUGGCAGAGCUCCCUCUGCUGCUGAUUUGGGGAAGUGCCGGGCAAUGCUGCCACUUCUCUCAGUUGCCCACCGGACAGAUUUCCUUUCCCUGGUCUCUUUUGUUUCUACACUUCUCAGAUUCGAUCCCACUUUGAGCAGUUUUCGUAUGGCAUGGAGCCCUCUCCCAAGGGAGCUUUGGCUUGUUGAUAGGACGUUUCUCCUGUAGUAACACUAUUGCAAGCCCCCUUGGCACUCACAGAGGCCCUCUCCCACCGGCCCACUAUUUCAAUGGGCAGAAGCCAAGCCAUCCCGAAUGAACUGCUACUCUGCCUGGCUUUCCAUUGACAUCUUGGAUGUUUGAGUUCUUUUGUCUUCAGGGCUGCCUGCUUUCCUUUGUUCUCUCCUGGGUGUUUCUCUUCCUUUGUUUCAGCAAUUAUUGAAACUUAAAACGUUUUAGAAAACCUUACAGUUUGUAUAUAUUUUAACCUAAUAUAUAUAUAUGGUAUAUAAAAUAGGCAUGGGUGUAAGUAAAAUGAAUAGAAGCUGUUACAAAAAGAAAAAAAAUGACAAAGGAAAACUGAAAGGGAGAACUGAAAAUGGGAAAUUCCUCUGAACCAGAAAGGACCAUCCCUUAUAAAAAGCUUUCUCGGGCCAUGGAAGAAGAGCAUUCUCGCUUGCAGCCUUGGGCAGUCUUUGCCUCAUCUUGCAGGUAGCAGCCAGCAUCAGCCCAGCUUCCAAUCAUGACUAACAGGUGGAUCCUCCAAGCUGCGUUCCUGCUGGGGUUUCUCUCCAUAGCCCUGUCCAUCAACUACGAGGACCUUGGGCUCAGACAAAGCAGCACCAAUUCAGCAUGUCUGGAGCUCCUGGAACAGCUGGAUGGACAGCUCUGCCUUGGCCACAGAAUAAACUUCAAGAUCCCUAUGGACGUGAAGCGCCUAGGACAGGCGGAGAAGAAAGACGCCGUCAUCUUCAUCCGAGAAAUGCUCCAGAAUAUCUUCAUUGUCUUCAAAAACAAUUCCUCCAGCACUGGGUGGAAGGAGAACAUUGUUGAAAGCUUCUUGGGUAAACUCUAUGAUCAGAUAGACUUUCUGAACAAAGUCCUAGAGGAAGUUCCAGCGAAUGAAAGAUGGACUCCGAGCAACUUCCCAACCAGUCUACGUUUGAAGAGCUAUUACAGGAGGAUGCAAAGCUUCCUUGAAGUCAAGGGGUACAGCAGCUGCGCCUGGAUGGUGGUCCGAGCAGAAAUCCUCAGGAACUUUUCCAUCAUCAGAAGACUUACUAAUACAUUCCAGAUCUGAAGACCUGUGAGCUGAUAUCUCUGAGACUGGACAAUGGUUGCAGGCGACCUUUAGGCGUCACAGUCUUGCCCUUGUGACUGGUCGUGAAUGGACUG